AUGAGCUUCAAUCUCCCCCUUCGGCCGAGCUCCAGUAGUAGUAGGAACCAGGCCAGCCGGAGCAGCUACUUCACCAACUAUACGCCGAAUUCAUCCACUGAAGCCAUCAAUGGGCCCCCCCGGAAUCCUGCCCGUGAACUAUUCGGCACUACCGACCGACUGAUUGUCGGCGUCGACUUUGGAACCACGUUUUCAGGUGUCGCUGCCGUAUACACCUCAACGCCAGAUGAUGUCGAGAUUAUCAAGACGUGGCCCGGUGGCUACGGCAUCACUUCCGACAAGGUGCCCACCGAGAUCAGCUAUGAUUUCCCCGCAAACGCCGCCGCCGGCACCGAGCCCACGGUGAAAUGGGGUUUCCAGUUCAAGCCCGAAGAGUCGCGCCUUCGCUGCAUCAAGCUGUUUCUAGAUCGCUCACAGAAACUACCUUUUUACGUCAGCCCACUGGACACGGCGGCUCAACUGAAACGUUACAACAAGAACGUCUUGGACGCGGUGAGCGACUACCUCACCCAGGUCUAUAAGCACACCAUGGACACCCUUACUCGAAGAUACGGCGAGUCUUUUAUGCAGUCUACCAAGGUCGACUUCGUCUUGACCUGCCCGGCCGUGUGGUCCGACGCAGCAAAGAACACAACGCUCCAAGCAGCCGAACGGGCCGGCAUGGGGUCCAAGUCGGAAAUUCAGAUGAUCAGUGAGCCUGAAGCUGCAGCCGUGUAUACGCUAAAGGCAAUCCAGCCGAAUCACCUCAACGCUGGUGAUAAUUUCGUUGUAUGUGAUGCUGGUGGUGGAACCGUCGAUCUGAUCGCAUACAAGAUCAUAUCGUUAAAGCCGCUCAAGGUAGAAGAAUCUGCCGUUGGAACUGGCGGCCUUUGUGGCAGCGCAUUCCUCAACUACAGAUUUGAAGAGCAUGUCAGGAACAAACUGGGCCACAGUCGUUUCGACGAGAUGAAGGUUAAGAAGAACAAGACGUGGCAGAUGGGUCUGAGAUACUUUGAGGAGUUUGUAAAACGCAAUUUCAAUGAGGACGAGCACCAGGAAGUGAACGUGCCGUUUCCAGGUCUGCCUGAUGACGAGGAGGCUGGGUUGGACUGCGGCUUCAUGGUCAUGUCGGCCGCGGAAAUCAAGGAGAUAUUUGAACCUGUCGUCAAAGAAGUGUGCGACCUUGUUCAGGGCCAGGUCACGGGCAUCCGGUCUAAGGGUGGUAUCGUCUCGGGUAUCGUGCUGGUUGGAGGUUUCGGUCAGAGCGACUACCUCUACCGGAAACUCAAAGCCCAUUUCACCAGUGCCGCACCGCCACCAUACACUGAACGGCCAACUCACGGCAGCGUGACCGCGCUGCAGGAGACGAGCUCGAUAGAGGUUAUGCAGCCAGUAUACGCCUGGACGGCGGUUGUCCGAGGAGCGGUCCUGCGAGGUUUAGAGGGUAACAUGGUAAUAUCCCGCAAGGCGAGGUACCACUACGGCACUUCGUACGCGACGGUUUACGACGAAGAGAAACACUCGGUCAGCGAGCGAUAUUGGUCGCCACUAUGGGAGCGGUGGAUGGUGUCAGACCGUAUGCAGUGGCACAUUGCAAAGGGAGAGGCAAUAUCGCCCUUAUCACCUAUCGCAUUCCACUAUACUCGAAACUUCAGACCCGGGCAGUCAUUAAUGGUGACGGAUGACCUGAUUGCUUGUGAAGCCGACGAUCCACCCUCGGCGUACACUCGUGAUCUUAUCCACGUGUGCACGUUGACGACCGAUCUCAAUGCGGUGCCUAGGAGUCUGUUUACGAGGUUGACGACAACACGCGGUGUGGAAUUCGACAAUCUUGACUUCACGCUCGAGAUGAUUGUCGACAGUGCAGGUCUGGGUUUUGAGCUGAAAGUGGAUGGUGUGCGGUAUGGACGCGUCGAUGCCGAGUUUCACUGA